AUAGAAAAUUUAGUAAUCUCUUCCUGGACUGCGAUAGAAUUGAUUGCGCUUUUCGAAAUUUUUUGGUACAGACUUGUUGCUAUUGAACUACACGAAAAAGGAAUUUUUGCUGUAAAGUAACAAAUGAGUUUCUUCAAACUGAGUAAUAAGAUAUAUAGAAAAAGCUUCUUAUGGAUAGUUUGUAUUGUUGUGGUUGUGAAAGUCGCAGCAACAGAUUCAUCCGACGACAUAGAGACCCUCUUAGGAAACGUGGGGGACAUAACGGAACUUGAUGAAGACCCCGAAGAGUUGAGGAGAAAAAUUCAGUCUACAGAGGUUACUAUUCAGAGUUUAUUACAGCACUUCAGUACGGAGGCAACCAAUGCUAGGGCAGAUAUACAUCGCAAUUUGGAAGACGCCGUUCGUUACAUCGAAGAGCUUUCUAAAAAGAGAUGCGGCUCUGCAGUAGAACGUUAUCGCUCGAAAAUAGUCGAACUGGAAGAACAAUUGAAUACUCUGAAUCAAAGUUUUCAAAAUUGUCUUUCGAAACAAGACAAGUUACAAAUAGUUGUACAGUCCGUUACUGGAGAGAGAGAGAAAGCUCUCGCAGAAAUAAAUUCUUUGAAGGAGUUGCUAAGCAAAGAAAAGAGACUUAGAAAUGAAACAGAAAGAAAACUGCAGUGGAACUUGGCCAUAGUCAACGCAACUGAUACAUUCAGUUCUAUCGAGAAUGUCCUUUUUCAUACGAAUGCGCAACUCAACAAGCGAAAUGAAGUGCUUCAACAUUUAGUAAGCAGUAUUGCUCAAGCAGACUCCCAGAGUGAGGAACUUGUAACAAUAUUUCAACAUCUUGAAGAAAUGAUACAGCAAGAGAGUUCACAAUAUCGUCAAGCGCUAUUUCAUUUACUGCAGUUGGGAGAUACUGAAACAGUAAAUUCAUCGGAACUAUCGCAAAAGGCUUUAAAAGACUUAGAACGACAACUCUCUUCUUGUGUACAAAAGCUGUCACAAAAAAGCUUUGUAGUUGAAAACAGAAAGCAGGAGUUCAAUGAAACCUCACAAAGUCCAUCUUUUCAACCUGCGACUUGGGAAAGAUCGUAUUCAGUAUCUGUUACCACUAUCCUCAUUUCGUUCAUGGCGUCCUUUUUGGGAACCUUUUUGUCUUAUUGGCUUUUUCUGAGAACCAACCGACUGAAUGAAAAAAUGGGACGCGAUCGACAAUCGAGAAUAACUAGUAUUGCACACGACCCUCAAACUCCUUCACCGAAUGGAUUCUCGAGAAAUACUCGAGCUUUUCAUCAUUCAGAAAAUUCUCCAAUGCAACCAGUAGUUUCUAGUAUAUCUCCUAGAUAAUAAACGAAAAUGACGUCAACUCAUCUUCG